AAAUCGGCAAGUUCUGAUAUAAUUUUAUUUUACAUGUUAUCUCACGUUGUUUGUUUCGCGAUAACCAUAAAUCAAAUAAAUCUAUUUGUUUCCCUUAGUUUUAAACCUUCCAUACAUCUCAUCAUGCUUGAUUUCGAGGGAAAUUUCGUUAUAGAUUUGUUUGUAUAUGAUAUAAAGAUAGUUACUGUAUUCACGGUGCUUAUUUAGUUCUAUAAAUAAUUGCUUAUUUGGCUUCUAUACAACCCUCUGCCAGUUGACUUCUAAUAUUCAGCAUUUGUCCAGUUGUAAAGGAUCUUUCAGGCAGUAAUAAUCAUUGGGCAUUCAAAUUCUUGUAGUAAAGAGAGAUUACUUACGACCUCUGUUAUUCCUUCUCUAGUAUGCUUCUCUGAGUUUUUGUUCUCUAAAAUAAGGCACUUGAAGGUGUGUACAUCACCGUCUCGAGUAAUCGUCUCGAAGUAUCGAUGAAGGUGGAAACAUGUAUGCCACGGGUAUUCUGUCCGUUCUGGGCUUUUCUACUCGCCUGCAAUGUCCCGAUCUAGUGAGAGAAAAAUGGGAAGAUAUAUCAAGUCUAAAAUCACUUCUUAGUAUUUUGUACAUGAAAAUCAAAUCACCUCUUAAUCUGCGGUAGGGUAGAGUAAAGACGUCUAGCUUUUCAAACCGCUCCUUGUAUAGUAAACUCGAGUUGCACGAGUAGCUGCCCUCUGUACUUUUUCCACGGUAUCCGAGUUACCUUUUAAACGGGGGCUUGUAGCCUGAACGCAUUUUUCAAACUUAGCUCUCACUAAAGUUGCAUAUACUGUAGUGAACAUGCUAGUUUUCAACUUUGUGAACGUCCGUCUUAAAGCCCAUAGGGUUCUAAACUCCCUAGUUACAAUCUCCACGCAAUGGGUCGUGGUCAUAAGCUGACGACUCAUUGUCACCUUAAAAUCCUUGUAAAACCGGGCCACGGCUACAGGUACUUCCCUUUAUUGUACCUAUUAACUUUUAUAUCCCCAAAGUGCUUGUAGACGCACUUUGCCGCGUUGAUACGCACCAGUCUCUCUUUAGACCAGCUAAUCACAAUAUUUAAGUCUGUCUGAAAUGCACAUAAAUUUGCCUCUUGUUAUUUCUAGCCAAAUUUUUAGUAACAUUGGGGAUUCAACUAUACUUGGGAGCUCAUUUACAUACAGUAUAAAAAGUAAAAAGCCUAAGACAGAAUCUUGCAGUAAUUCACUAAGUACUGGUCUCCAGAUGGAACACUUAGAAUUAACUCUUACUUUCUAUCUACGACAUACUAGGAAAUCCUCAAGCCAUUUUAUGAGGGGUCUGACAAUUCCAAGAAUUUCCAGCUUCGAUAGCAGUCUAUUUGUUGUCACUGUUAAAUGCGUUGCUUUAGUCUGUGUAGAAAAAAUCCGCUGAUUCUCCAUUCUCUAGAGCCUUUAUCCAUUGCCUCCUUGCUAUAAGGAGGUUUGUUGUGCAAGAUAAACCUUUUCUGAAACUAUGUUUUUCACUUACUCAUCGUAGAUUAAAAAUUCUGUGACUGUGUCAGUUAUAUAUUUUCUUUGAUAAUUUAACUCGACUGGAAAAUAAUUUAUGCGAAUGUUUGUUAAUGUUAGAACGAAUGAUUUGACAUAAAUUGGACGCUGAGUAUAGAGAAGUCAUCACAGGUGAGAUUUAUAUUUGCCUGAACACCGAAAACCACGAUGCGCAAUGCUGACUAGUGUUGGGGUAGUUGGCAAAAAGUUAGGGGCGGCCAAACCAAAACGUGUAUUAGUGCUUAAAGUCACUACUGGUCUGAGCCAUGUUGGUAGAUUUAGGCUACUUGAUCGGGAUCUGCGCGACUAUCGUAACGAGUGGUUGGUGACUCCAUGUGACAUGACUCAGAAUCGAUCACAAUGGCGUAGGUGUAUGUACUCUUUGUCUUCUUUUAAACCUUGAGAUUAAAACUUUUUAUGCACUUAUUUCUACCAACUAAUUCUUUCUUCCUGUAUCAUAUCCUUUUAUGCAAUCUUUCAUCUAGAUAUCACUACCAUUGAAGUAGCUGCUUUAUGAAUUCGGUGUUGAUCUUGUUGUGCUUAUGAGGUGUGGUAACUUGGACCGAUGCAUAUAUGUGCCUGGUCCUACGUUGUAGCUGACUGAUAUCAUUCUCAUCUGGUAACUUUUCUAAAAUCUCAGAUGUACACAUACAAAACACUAAAUUCAGUCAACCGCUUAGCAGUGGACAUUGUGGUCAAUUAAAUACAUUAAUUAUAUGUCGCUGUUCAGUUUUCAUUAUACUUUAUCAAGCUGGAGAAACCUGUGGUGUAUAAUAUUAGUACUUUUGCAUAUUUUAUUUCUUUGUGUUAUUGCUAUAGAGGAAAGGCUUACGUCUAUAAAGACGCUUUAUUUUACUGGACUGAUAACUAGUACGGUGAUCAAAGUGAUGCAGGGUACUGAAUUAUUGCGAUUUCUUUUAGAGCUUAACUUCGUUAUUAUAUUAUCGUGGCAAUUACGAGACAUUAACACUAAAAUAAACGUUAUUAAGACUCGUUAGAAACACUAGCAACUGUACAGUACGUAUUUGAAAGAUCAUUCAUAAAUUAAUCAAUUCCAAACCUGGGUGUCAUGUUUGGUUUUUGUCUAUUCCAGUCACUGUAUUUUUAUACACAAAAUUCGCAUUCAACAGAUGUUUUUUUAUCUAAAAAUAGAUUUUUGUGAUUCGUCUUGUUCUGUUUAAAUUACUAAUGAAUUGCAAAAACUUUCCUUUUGACUAUUUAGAGGCAUUAAAAUGCAUGCUCAAUCUAAACGCCCCUCCAAAUUCUUCGGAUGGACCGCAAUGGAAAAUCUUGAUAUACGAUCAACUGGGAAGAGAUAUCAUCUCACCGUUAUUAACAGUCAAGGAUUUACGUAUGCUUGGUGUCACAUUACAUUUAAUGUUACACUCGCCACGUGAACAGAUCCCAGAUGUUCCCGCUGUUUAUUUCGUUUACCCUUCCAAAGAUAAUAUUAAUGCUAUAUGCAAGGAUUUUGAAGCAGGUAGAUAUGAUUCGUAUUACUUGAAUUUUAUCAGCCCAAUAUCACGCGAAUACCUUGAAGAAAUAGCUCAAACAGCAUUAUCUGAAAACUGUGUUCAUCAAAUUUCAAAAGUUUUUGAUCAGUAUACAAAUUUUAUUUGUUUGGAGGAUGAUUUAUUGACUCUUAGCUCACCCAUUGAUGGUCCUUCUUCCUUUUAUGCUCUUAAUCGUGCGAAAGCUACAGAAGUGGAUAUGGAAAAUUUAAUCCACUCAGUUGUUGAUGGAUUAUUUUCAAUUUUUGCGACACUUGGCUCAAUACCUAUUAUACGUUGUCCUCGUGGUAAUGCUUCUGAAAUGGUAGCAUGCCAGCUGGAUUCGAAAUUUCGUGACAGCCUUCGAGAUUCUAGGAAUUCACUUUUUAUGAAUAAUACAGCACGCGGUUAUGGUAUCACUGCAAAUGACGAUUCGUCUGGAGAACGUCUAGGAUUGAACUCUUCAUCACCACUAAGUCUUUUAAACAGGAACUCUCAAAUGAACUCACCACCAAACUUAUUUCAGCGUCCACUGUUGAUUAUUUUAGAUCGUAGUUUAGAUUUGGCCUCUCCACUACACCACGAGUUGUCCUACCAAAGUUUAAUCCAUGAUAUCUUUAAUAUUCGUCUCAAUCGUGUUCAUGUGAAUUUAGAUUUGGCUAAGCCUAUCUCAGAUAAUGAAAAAUCCAGGAUACCAGAAAAUAAUAGUAAAACAUCAAAUUCUAAAAUAGUUGAGUAUGAUUUAACAGGAUCAUGUGAUCGUAUAUGGAGAGAUUUUAGAGGUGCUGCAUUUUCUGAUGUUGCAGAAGCUAUACAUGAAGAAGUGACAAUACUAAAAGAUUAUGAUAGACGUAUGAGUGAAUUGAAAUCAUCACUUGGUGGUUCAACAGAUAUAAAUAUGCUGGCAACUUCAUCAACAAUGACGUUUCUAGAUGAUAGUACAGCUAAAUUAACAAAUGCUAUCAAUUCUUUACCCCAAUUAAUGGAACGUAAACGAUGUCUUGAUAUGCACACAAAUAUUGCAACUUGUCUAGCUAAUGUAAUCAAAGAUAGGCAGAUACAUUCUUUUGCUGAAGAAGAAGACCAUCUUCUUUCUAAAAACAAUCCAUCCACGGAACAAAGUUUAAUCGAGCUAAUUAGUAAUCCGUCAAUUGGUACACCUGAAGAUAAAUUACGCUUGCUUAUUAUUGCUGCUUUAGCGGGUACCAGUAGAACUGGCACAAACACUAGUAAUACAUCAAGUAAUAUGAUUGCCAGUGGAUCUGGAAGUGCAUUAAAUAAUUUCAAUUCAAACACUAGUGGUAUUGAUUUUUGUUUAUCCGAUACAGAAGUUGAUCGUUUGAAAACACUGUUACAAAACUCCUAUCCUAAUCUUGAUAUGAGUCCUGUGAAUUAUAUUCAACACUUUAGGAAAAUUCCAAAAGCUGGUCAACUAACUGAUAAUAUCAUGGAGAAUGUUAAAGGAGCUGGUAGUCGAAGUGUACUUAAUAAAAUUGUUUCACAUGGUUCAGCUAUAUUGCUGACUGGGAUGAGACAUUUGAUUGGUCAGAAAUCUUACCUCCCGUUUACUCGCAUCGUAUCUCAGUUAAUGGAAAAUAAAGGUGGUUCUGAAUUUGAAGACUAUCGCUAUUUUGAUCCGAAACUGUACAGGCGUCAAGAUUCUAAUAUGCCUCGUGUCAAACAACCUUUCGAUGAAGCUUUUGUCUUUGUCGUUGGUGGCGGAAGUUAUGUUGAGUACCAAAAUCUGUUAGAUUGGGUCAAAUCAACUUGUUCCACUACAUCUGGCACAUCUAGCACUUCGUCAACAUUAACAAAUUCUGUUAAUGGGAUAAACAGUCGCCCUGGCACAGGAGGUCAUGACUCAUCCAGCGCUCCUAAUACUGGUACAGCUUAUUCCAAACAUAUUACUUAUGGCUGUAGUGAUCUUGUUAGUCCGAGUGAAUUUUUAUUAGAAUUGGGAAAACUUGGGAAGGAGUUGUAACUUUGGAGUUAUCAAUAAUUCUGAUCGUACAACUAAAAAAAUUUCAGUUACCUCUUAGAUACAGUGGUUGCUUUGAAUUUUUUAUGCUCUGUAAAUUUCUUCUUCUGUGAUGAUAUUUCUUCUAGUGUUUGGCCUGUCAGUUAUCUUAAACGUUCAUUUACACUAAAUUUGAUUUUUUUUUGGAAUUAUUGUACUUCUUGUUAUAUGUCUAAAUCUCUUAUUGAAAUUUUUUCUGAUAUAUCUAUGUUGAAAUUUUUCAAAUGUAUUCUAAUUUGUAUCCACAUUUUAGAUUAUUCACUACGUAAUUAUAUUGUUCAUUGAAAAUUGAAAUGUUUGAAAAUAUAAAUGUUCUGUGAUUG